GUAUAAGGACGGUAGUUGUAAUUAUCUCAGGUCUUGCCAUAAGCAAAAAAUAAUUUUCUGUUCAGCAUUGCUAGGUCUCACUCCACUGAAUUAAGUCUCACUAUUAGGCAAGGCAGGCGCACACAAGCACGUACUCCGGUGGCUUGAGUUGCCUGGAUAAUUGUAAGUGACCGGCGAGAUGGUGUUGGUGGAAGACGAUGGGACAAGAAGGAAGACAGCGUGCGUCACCGGAGGGAAUGGGUACAUAGCCUCGGCGCUCAUCAAGAUGCUGCUGGAGAAGGGAUACGCCGUGAAGACGACGGUCAGAAAACCCAAUGACAUGGCCAAGAACUCGCAUCUCAAGGAUUUGCAAGCUCUCGGUCCCUUGCAGGUCUUCUGUGCGGACCUGGAGGAGGAAGGCAGCUUUGACGACGCCAUUGCCGGCUGCAACUAUGCCUUCCUCGUCGCCGCUCCGUCGAACCUCGACCCGCAGAACCCCGAGAAAGACUUGAUCGAGCCAGCCGUCCAAGGAACCCUCAACGUGAUGAGGUCGUGUCACAGAGCAGGGACGGUAAAACGCGUGGUCCUAACAUCGUCGGCGGCGGCGGUCACAGCCCGGCCGGUUGAAGGCGAUGGUAAUGUCCUGGACGAGGAAUCCUGGUCUGACGUCGGGUUCCUCAGAUCCACAAAAAUGGCUCAUUGGGCCUACUCGGUUUCAAAGGUGCUGGUAGAGAAGGCGGCGUGCGCGUUCGCGCAGGAGCACGGCAUCAGCCUGGUCACCGUGUGUCCUGUUCUUACGGUGGGGGUGGCGCCGGCGCCAGGUGUCAACACAAGCGUCGCCGUCUUACUCUCCCUACUAUCCGGCGAUGACGCGAUGGCCAGCAUUCUGGGGCACAUCGAGAUGUCGUCCGGUUCGAUCUCAGUGGUCCACGUGGACGACCUAUGCCGUACCGAGAUACUCCUUGCCGAGAAGGAGACGGCGUCAGGGCGGUAUAUCUGCUGCAGCCUCAACACCACCGCCGUGGCGCUCGCCCGCUUCCUGGCGCUCAAGUACCCACAGUACAAUGUCAAGACCGACCGUUUUGGUGGUCUCCCCGAGAAACCCAAAGUCUGCAUUUCCUCGGCCAAGCUCGUCGGAGAAGGCUUCCGGUUCAAGCAAGAUACACUGGACAAGAUAUACGAUGGUGCCGUCCAGUACGGAAGGGCCUUAGGGAUCCUUCCAUACUAAAAACUGGCAUGGUGGGUCUCGAGCGAACAGCCUCUAGGUUUUCCCUGCCGCACGAGUCAGCACACCCGUCGAUUUGCCUCUUGCUCAUGUGGACUUAGCAUCAUGGAGGUGUGGGGGAUCCCGUCCCUCGCCGACAGGAUCGCUAUGUUUUCAAGGUGUUUUUUAUAUUUUGUUAAAGUUUACAUGCUGCUUAAGAAGAGGAGGCGCUGGCGGCUCCUUGAAAGAUGAAAUAAAAUUCUUCCCGCCUAACCCCAUCCCGACGGUGCAUAUAGCAUUUUCGGAGGGCGUGUGGAGGUGUAUCUCCGACCGUUUUCAUGGAAUUUGAUCGGUUCUUAUAUUCAGUGAAUCUGCUUGGAUCCGGACUUCAUUUGUCCAAGUUCAUGUGUCAAUAAAUUGGUUCUUCU